CGCGGUGUGUCAGAGUUGUCCCUCCAUGGCAAAUCUCUGCGCCUGCAGCUCCAGCUGUCAGAAGGUAUGGCCAAUCAUUUUCCUUUGAAAAGGACUGCUUCUGUCCUGUCGGGCUCAGAGAUCAGGGGCUUCCUCCGAGACUCAACAACCUGCAGACUGUCCUCAGAGACCGCCAUCACAUCCAGCAACCAUCCAGCCAGCCAACCAAUAACAGCAGGCAGACGCUUCUGGAAGCGCAGAGAACUCCCCCUUUUUUUCUUACAUAAAAAAGUAUAAAUAAGCGUGAGAGAGACACCAGAGACAUCAGAGCGCUGAGACACACUGACAUCAGGAUCUUCAUCAGAUCACUUCUGCUGAAAUCUGACCAUGAAGCUGGUAUCAGUCAUCCUCCUCCUGCUGGCUCCUCUGUUGAUCAGCUGCCAGCAGCUCAUUCUGCCGGUGGACUGCAGUGAGAUUCAUAAUAAUGACAACAGCCGCCCCAGUGGAGUGUACACCAUCUAUCCCAUUGGAGCCACGUCUGCUGUCCAGGUGUACUGUGACAUGGGUUCACAAGGAGGACGGUGGACGGUGUUCCAGAGGAGGAUGGACGGCACGGUGAACUUCUACAGGGGCUGGGAUCAAUACAAGACCGGCUUUGGUAUCGCUGCUGGAGAGUACUGGCUCGGUCUGGAGUCUCUCUACCACCUGACUCAGAGGAAACGAUACGAGCUGCUGGUCGACAUGGAGGACUUUGAAGGAAACAAAGUGUUUGCUCGUUACUCCUCGUUCUCCAUCGACGCUGAGUCCUCCGGAUACACACUGCAUGUUUCUGGAUUCACUGAUGGAGGAGCAGGAGACGCCCUGAGUUAUCAAAACGGACAGAAGUUCUCCACCUUCGACAAAGACCAGGACUCCUCUCCUACGAACUGUGCCAGAUCAUACCUGGGUGGGUUCUGGUACAACGACUGUCACUAUACAAAUCCAAACGGUGUUUAUCGUUGGGGGUUUGACAGCACUCUCUUUGCUGUUGGAGUGGAGUGGAGACCCUGGAAAGGUCUUAACUACUCCCUGAAGGUCAUCAGCAUGAAGAUCCAUCCUCUGGUGUAGUUCUCCAGGACCAACGUACAGCAGAAUAUCAGCUCAUCUCUUGUGAUUUAUUUCUCUCAUUAAUCAUAUCUUAUUUUCCUGAAACUGGGCACCAGCACAAGAAAACCAACUGAUGUUUGUAAAUCUUGUUACUAGGGUUGGGUACUGAAACGCUGUGCCAAUAGGGCACCGGUUCCAACGUAAACGGUAGUAACGAGACCAAAUAACAACGAAAAUUUCGGUGCCUGACAAUUUUUUUUCAGAAGACACGCUGUACGGGGCACUAAGUUACCGUUAGCUAGUAGCUGUAUUAAACCCAAUGGUUAAAUUGCUAACAGCUAACGUUAAGCGGUGUAAAGUGUGACUGUAUUAUCCUGUAGAGGAUCCCGACACCGGGACGUAACAGUCUGUCUGCAGCCGCCGCUGUCGGAAAAACAACACAGACGGUGCGUUCACUUGAAACUCACCUCGCCAGCAUCAUGCUGCAUUCAAAGUUAUUGUUAAUUACCCUUUUCCCAUCUGGUGCUUGUUUUAGUUGUUUACCAGAAAUUUACUGCUGAAAUAAGUCAUUGUUAUAAGUUAUUGUUAUUACAUUAUUAAUCAAUCAUUUAAUUUCGACCAAAUGGCCUUAGCAACAAGCUGUUCUUUAAUGUCGCCAACUGUUGUUUUGUGCUCCUUUUUUAUUAUUUGAUAUUAUUUACAUUAUAAAUAUAUUAUAUAUAUAGUAUUUCAGUUCAGGCACCGUUUAGGAACCAGCACCAUUUUAAAAGUAUCGUUUUAGCACCGGUAUCGGAAAAAACCCAAAAGAUACCCAACCCUACUUGUUACAGUCUGUGGUGGUUUAAAUCAGUCUCAGCUCGCUGCAACGUGGAAGAAAAGUCAGAUGUGUCUCCAGUUGGGCGGCUGCAGCAGGAAAGUAGGGCCCAUAAUCUUUAAAUGGAAACACAUAUGUAGUCUGAUCAGCUGUUAAUCACUGCAUGAACUGAUAACACGAGUCUAAAAGAGAGAAAGAAGUAAAGAAAAUGAAAAGUAUAAAAAGAUCUUUGUAGUUCAGGACAGCCAGUUGAUGUUUGGUGGAGGUUUGAAACUCUAAUGUGAAUCUUUAUCUGCUGUACGGUGACAAUAAAUAAGAAGCUGAGCAUUAA